AGCAGCGGGGUGCAUGCGUGAAGGGCCGGCCCACCGUUUCCCUCCUCUCCCAGCAGCCAGCGCGCGCACAUACCCGCAUGCGCACCGCCUCCCGGCUGGCCCGCCUCCGCCUGAGGAGGCCCAUCGACGCUGUGUUCCGGCGAGAAGGACGCACGCAUACGCAGGAGCAGCCCUUUCCUUUCCUCUCGCCCAUCAGCCGGGCGAUCCAGUACGCACGCGCGCGCAUGCGCAACGCCUACCGGCUGGCCGGCCUCCGCCUGAGGAGGCGCUCCGACGCCGCUCCGGAGGCGAAGCUGAGGCGACGACGGGCAGGAGGAGCCGCCUCCCCCGGGCAAGCCCUCCGCGGGCGCUGCCAUGCUCCUUCCGCCGCAGCUGGGAGGCCGGGCCUGAGGAGCCGCAGCCGAGCCGCCCUCGGUGAGCAGGCCCUCCGCCGCCGCCGCCUCCAUGGCCCAGGCCGAGAAGAUGGAGCUGGACCUGGAGCUGCCGCCGGCCGGGAGCGAGGGGGGCGGCCUGAGGCGCUCCAACAGCGCCCCGCUCAUCCACGGGCUCAGGUGAGGCACGGGCCCUCCGUCGCGCGCGGGACCGGUGGUCGGGGAUGGAGGGAUGGGCCAUGGCUGGGUGAGGGGAGGGCAGGGCACCUCCUCCUCUUGGGCCUGGCCUUUGGCCACAGGAGGAAUAAUAAUAAUAAUAAUAAUAAUAAUAAUAAAUAUUAUUUGUAUCUCGUCCUCCCUGGCGGAGGCCAGGCUCGGGGCGGCUAACAUAGUAAAAACAACGCAGUAUGCAUAAAAACAGACUAAGGUUAAUUAAAAUUGAUCUUAAAAUUAAUUCAGACAAGUUAUAACCUGGGCUGGUGGCAAUUAUCAGGUUGGAAUUAAGAGAGGUUAACACUUGCUAGGACCAACUGUUUCCACUGUUUAAAAUAAUGGUUAUUAUUUUAAAAAGGGCAUUGGGGUCAGGAAGGGCAGAAAGGGGGCAUCACCCCCGGAAGUAGCACUGCCCCUUGGCCCUCCAGCUGCUUUGGGACUACAAUGUCCAUCAUCCCUGACCACUGGUCCUGUUAGCUAGGAGUGAUGGGAGUUGUAGUCCCAAAAGAGCUGGAGGGCCAGGUUGUGCCAUGCCUGCUUGAAAUGAAUGGGCGUACUCGAGACUCGAAGAGACCAAGAUCCAUCAUGCGCAACGAAGCCGAACUUAGGGUCGACGUGGGAAUUAUGAGACGUAUAGGAUGCCCAACUACCACGCUUACAGUCCCAGAGCAGAAAUGUGAAUAUUGUUUAUAGGCACCUUGCCUGUAUAUAUAUGUGCAACGGAAGGCUUAAAAGCAGUUCUUGCGCCAGGUGAGCUGGGGGUUCCCCUGGAGGAAAAGCAGUGUGGAUUUGAUUUAAAUCACUAGUCAGUAAGGCUUGAUUUAAAUCCAUUUUUUUACAGAAAGUUUUAACCUUGCUGGCAUCCUCUUCGUAUUGACAACCAGAGGAAGAUUGCAUUUUUGGAAGAAUAAAUUUUCAGAGUUGUUUUUACAGUGACAUCAGAAAUGACCGAUUUGGUUAUAUUAUUAGAAAUACAUAGACAGAAAAUGAUGAAAUUAUUUUUAUUUGGACACUGUACUUGAUUGGAAGGAGAAAAAUCAUUUCCUUCAUAACCAUUUCAACCAUGUAUUCCACUAUAACAAUAACAUGAUAGCAUAUGGAUCCAUGUUUGUGAACUGACGUGGUUAAACAAUUUUUUUUAGUCAGAGUUUUAGCACACAUGAGAAACUUUAAACAAAUCCUUAUUUCCUGAUGAAUAGCCUUUGGAAUAGAAUGUCACAUAAAUAGAAAACUAUCUUUAGAAAGAUUUUCCCUCCAGAAGCAUUUUAUUUUAAAAAUCCGAUUAUUUUUUUAAAAAGUGAUUUAAAUAAAAAAAAUCUAAUUUUUUAUUUUUGUUCUUUUACAUCAGUGAUGACCCAACUUGGCCCUUCAGCUUUUUUGGGCUACAACUCCCAUCAUCCCUAGCUAACAGGACCAGUGGUCAAGGAUGAUGGAAAUUGUAGUCCCAAAACAGUUGGAGGGCCAGGUUUGGCCAUCACUGCUUUAAAUCAUUGAUUUUAAUCUACCCUGAUAUAAUAUGUGUGUGUAUAUAUAUAUAUAUAUAUAUAUAUAUAUAUGUGUGUGUGUGUGUGUGUGUGUAAAAAUAAUAUUUUUCAUUCCAUAAGACACGCCUAGUUUUUAGAAGAGGAAAACAAGAAAUAAUAUAUUCUGAAUCAAAUGUUGUACUAAACUACAGUGGUACCUCUGGUUAAGAACUUAAUUUGUUCCAGAGGUCUGUUUUUAACCUAAAACUGUUCUUAACCUGAGGUACCACUUUAGCUAAUGAGGCCUCCCGCUGCUGCUGCGCCACCGGAGCACAAUUUCUCUUCUCAUCCUGAAGCAAAAUUCUUAACCUGAGGUACUAUUUCUGGGUUCGUGGAGUAUGUAAUCUGAAGCGUCUGUAACCUGAAGCAUCUGUAACCCAAGGUACCACUGUAUAUGAGCUUUCCACAUUGAGUCCCUUAGAUCUAAGGACUGUAUGGUUUGGCCCUACACAAUUAUUUUAAUAAAGCCAAAAGAAGUGGGACUUCUUGUUCAUUGCAGAGAGCUCUGGGGGCUUUCAUAUGAGGGAGGAAUCUGAUUCAAUUCCCAUUUAAAGUCACACCUUCGUACACAACACAAGGACCAAACCACAGCUGCCCUUCAAAUUUCACACUUCUGCAAAGGAAGGUACUAUUGUCCCAGCAAGACCAGUGGCGGAGGGAGGGUCUUGUGUGGUGGCACGUCGCCUGCGGGGACGUGGGAUGUCGCCCAUGCGAUCGUUGUCCCAAGGGGGUGGCAUGUGUGCGCGCGUGCCCAUCCCAAUGGGGCGGCCAAGCACAGGGGCAGACAUAUUACACGGCUCCCGCUGUGUUUGCUUUGCACCCGUCAUCAUCCAUGACCUCUUGUCCUGUUAGUUAGGGAUGAUAGGAUUUGUAGUCCCAAAACAGCUUUAGGGCCAAGUUUGGCCAUGCCUGCUUUUAAAGCAUACAGUUAAAGCACAAAUACAGUGGUACCUCUGUUUACAAUUCGUUCCAGAGGUCUGUUCUUAACCUGAAACUGUUCUUAACCUGAGGUACCACUUUAGCUAAUGGGGACUCCUGCUGCCGCCGCAUGAUUUCUGUUCUCAUCCUGAAGCAAAGUUCUUAACCCGAGGUACUAUUUCUGGGUUAGCAGAGUCUGUAACCUGAAGCGUCUGUAGCCAGAAGCAUCUGUAACCCAAGGUACCACUGUAAAGGAUCUGGAGAGGACAUUGGAAUGUUGUUCUACUUUACGCUACCUAAGGUCACAGGGAACUGGUAUCCUAUAGACCAGUGAUGGCCAAACUUGGCCCUCCAGCUGUUUUGGGACUACAACUCCCAUCAUCCCUAGCUAACAUGACCAGUGGUCAGGGAUGAUGGGCAUUGUAGUCCCAAAACAGCUGGAGUGCCGAGUUUGGCUACCACAGCUAUAGACGUCUGUUACAAAGGGCAAUUAACCUGUAUAUCAGUGGGGCUUCUGUUGUUUUGUUGGUAUCCGUCUGUCUUGGGAGAGAAUGGAGGAUUGCACCUGUGGAAUGGCCUUCAUAGUAGUUUCAGACGGACGGCUUCUUGUCUCACAGCUCAUACUCUUAGCCAACAUACUGCUAUUCCAUUAGUAAUUAAUAAUACUAACAAUUUAUUAUUUAUACACCCCAUGCCCCCCAAUCUGGCUGGGUUUCCCCAGCCUCUCUGGGUGGCUUCCAACCGAAUAUUAAAAACACAAGACAGCAUCAAACAUUGAGAAACUUCCCUAAACAGGGCUGCCUUCAGAUAUCUUUUAAAAGUCAGAUAGUUGCUUAUUGCCUUGAUAUCAGCUGGGAGGGCGUUCCACAAGGCAGACGCCACAACCCAGAAGGCCCUUUGCCUGGUUCCCUGUAACCUCGCUUCUCGCAGGGAGGGAACCGACAGAAGGCCCUUGGCGCUGGACCUCAGUGUCCGGGCCGAAUGGUGGGGGUGGAGACGCUCCUUCAGGUGUACAAGAUGGGGCUUUCAAGGUAGGCACCAACCCUUUGAAUUGUCCUCGGAAAUGUACUGGGAGCCAAUGCAGGUCUCUCAGGACCAUUGUUCUGUGAUCUUGGUGGCCACUCCCAGUCCCCAGUCUGGCUGCCGCAUUCUGGAUUAAUUGCAGUUUCCAAGUCACCUUCAAAGGCAGCCCCACGUAGAGCGCAUGGCAGUAGUUCAUUUCCUAAGUUAGAUGGGUUCCACACAAAGUUUCUUCAGUCCCUAUUACAGGUCCCAAACUGUGUACCAAAUUCAAUUCUUGGAAACAUGUGAAUGCCCACUCUCCACUAAAGUAUGGUGGAUUGCCCUGAGAUACAGGUGCAAAAUCUCAGUACUUGGCCUGGGGGAGGGAUUACUUCUACAUUUAACCAACAAGGAGUUUAUCAGCCCAUGGCUGAAAACUAUGGCCAGAAAAUCCAGAAAAGCCCUUGAAUCCCUGAGGCAAAGAUUUUGGGACAUUUCACAUAGCGACCUGCAAUCCCGAUCUUAUGUAAUUUGUAGCCCGGUCGCAGCUGGAAUCCAAUACAGGUACGACUUUCAGAUAUCCUCAUAUCUUAGGAACCUGUCCGUACCAACAUAUUAGUGUUUAUUUACCAAGCCAGACUAAAUGUAUUUCCGUCGGAAGUGCUGAAUGGUAGACUGAGAGGCAUCCCUUAUCAGAACUGGCUUUGUUUAUGUUCUCAGGACAUUGAUUGCAUGAAGCAUAUUUUACUGUGAUGUGGGCAGUAGAAGCAAGCAAGGGACCAACUGAUCAAACACCUUCUGGCAAAUCUGCCGGGAAAAUCUGAAGCGUCCCAUAUUAAACAUCUUUUGGAGGACAGGUCCAAUGAUAUUGCACUGGCUGUGGCAAAGUUUCUUUCGGAAGUUAAAAGAAACAAAGAUCUUCAUGCUUAAAAGAUCUUCAUAACAAAACGACCGCUUCGGUUUCUCUUUCUUUUGUGGUUGGCUGUCAUAACUGUAUUUUGUCCUGAAAUUGUUCAAUGGGUCUUUGGACCACAAUAAAGGUUGAUGAUGAUGAUGAUGAUGAUGAUGCAGGGCAACAGUGUGGUCAGGAUUCAGAGUGCCACAGGUGAUAUUGUGCUAGCUGUGCGUGGGAGCUACGUAUUUAUAUAGAGCCAGCAAUAUACAUGGCACAUUUCUGAACAAACCAAGCAGCCUCUUCCAAAGUUGAUAGUCUACAUUCAGAUGGGAGAGAAAAGUGUGGGAAGGGAAGGAUAGUCACCUGCAUAACGUAAUAGACGCUUUCGCUUCUUUCAGUGAUAAUUCCCAGGUCUUCCAGCCACACGUCUUGCGCACCCGCCGGAACAGCACAACGGUCGUGAACCGGCACAGCAUGGUAAGCACUGGGGAGAUCCAAAGAGCUUUCGAACCCCAGCGGUUUGUGGAAGAUGGAGGCUGUGCGGGAGACUGACUGACAGGCGGCGGAGGCCCUGUUGCAUUUUGAUCAAAGCUGAAUUGGUUGCUGGAGGGCCGAGUUUGCCUAUGCCUGCUUUAAUGCUACUGUUAACUCCAGAUAAUAAAGGUAAAGGUAAAGGUACCCCUGCCCGUACGGGCCAGUCGUGACCGACUCUGGGGUUGCAUGCCCAUCUCGCUUAAGAGGCCGGGGGCCAGUGCUGUCCAAGGACACCUCCGGGUCACGUGGCCAGUGUGACAAAGCUGCUCUGGCGAGCCAGCACCAGCGCAGCACAUGGAAACGCCAUUUACCUUCCCGCUAGAAAGCGGUACCUGUUUAUCUACUCGCACUUAAGGGUGCUUUCGAACUGCUAGGUGGGCAGGAGCUGGGACCGAACGACGGGAGCUCACCCCACCGCGGGGAUUCGAACCGCCGACCAUACGAUCGGCAAGUCCUAGGCACUGAGGUUUUACCCACAGCGCCACCCGCGUCCCAACUCCAAAUAAUAAACCAGAAUAAACCAGAUUUCCAUGUCACAGUUGACGUGUGUGCUGUACUAUCCAAUCCAAACCAUUUAAACCUGGCCCUCCAGAUGUUUUUGGAACUACAACGCCCAUCAGCCCUAGCUAACAGGACCAGUGGUCAGGGAUGAUGGGAAUUGUAGUCCCCAAACAGUUGGAGGGCCGGGUUUGGCGAUGCUUGCUCUAAUAUGACUCUCCUACCAAGGAGUUAACACUCUUGUGUCCAGAUUGUGCUCUGGAGCAUGCAUAUAUAUAUAUAUAUAUAUAUAUAUAUACACACACACACACACACACACACACACAACAUAAACAUAUUUAUAUGUGUGUGUGCGCGCAAGUUCUCUCUGGUGUCUCUUAAUGAGCUGUAUAUGUCUGUAUAUAAUACAGUGUUGUGGGGCAUUCUUCCUGACUAUAUUACGUGGAAAUUCAUUAAAUUCCUCUGGGUUGACUCUCCUCUUUACUUCUUGGGUACGCAGGCUACUUUUCUGAUCCAGACAUUGUUUUUUUACAAUCGCUGCCGUUUGCACGUCUCAGUUUCCCACCAGGGCAGAACUCCAACUCGAGGCCAGGCUUCCCAUCGCGCCCGACGUAAUCACACAAAUAGAAACUGCAAAUAGAAAUAUGCCCUGCCAGCCCACUGAGAAACUCUGCUCUGGAGCGUAGCUAUUCAUGACAUAUCUCAGGAUUGAAGUUGUUGAGAUUUUUUUAUGGUUUUGCCCCAAAGCUGUUGAGCUUCUUUUAGGAUUUUAAGGAUUUUAUCCCAAAGUUGUAGAGGUUUUUUUAGGCUUGAUGCUGCUGAGUGCUGAGCUUUUCUUACAUUUUUGCCCCAAAGCUGUUGAGCUUCUUUUAGGAUUCAAGUUGUUGAGCUUUUUUUAGGGUUGGAAUUGUUGAGCAUGCAGUAAACUUUAUUUCCUCUUUCCAUAACUUUUUGCAAGAUGAGAAACUUGCAAUUUUCUGUCUUGCAAAGAGGCAAGCUGAUAACAUUUUCAAUGGCAGGGAUUAAUUCAGCUAAUUUUGCCCCGAGAUUGAAUUAGCUUUAGUAUCAGUCUCUGCAUGGUAGGCUAAAGUGUCACUCAUCUCCACCAGAUGAACAGCAAAGAUGAGAAAAAUAAGUUUUGCACCUGAAAUUUCACAUAUAAAUAAUGCUUCAACUCUUCUUAGCCACCAAUGAAGGUGUUUUCAGGUUCUAUUGUUGUUAAAAUAUUCAGAGUAAUAUUACCUUCCUUUGCAACAGAUUUAUAUGAUGGAGUUUGACUGCGUCUGCAUGAGAGAAACUGUCAUUCCUCUUUCCUUUUAAGAAGAAUGAAUAUUCUUUCAAUGCUAUAAAAAUAAGGAGUUUUCAGGGCCACCUGCCUUGGAGUAGAGGCUGAGUGGUAGUAUAUUUCUCCUACAUUAAAAUGGGUGGAAUGCAUAUCUACCAUAAUCCAUAGUUCUUGGGAGGUUACAGCUGUGGAAAUAUUAGUGUUCUUCAGGGUGGAUUUGAUUUAAAUCACGAUUUAAACCACUAGUAAGACUUGAUUUAAAUCUUUUUUUUUUUACAGAAAGGUUUAAUCUUGCUGGCAUCCUCUUCAUAUCGAGAACCAGAGGAAGGUUUCCUUUUUGGAAUCUUAAAUUUUCAGUCAUUUUUACAGUCACAUCAGAAAUGACUGAUUGGUUCUACUAUCAGAAAUAAACAGAUCAUUGUUUCUGUUUGGACAACUUUUCUGCUGUACUUGAUUGGAAGGAGAAAAAUAAUCAUUUCCUUCAUAACAAUUUAAACCAUUUAUUUUACUAAAACAAUAACAUAGUUUAUGGAUCCAUGUUUGUUAACUGAUGUGGUUAAACUAUUAGAAAUACAUUGAAAGAGAAUUAUGAAAUUAUGGUGAGGUUUAAUAAGUUAACUGUUUAUAUUUGGACAACAUUUCUGCUGUACUUGAUUAGAAGGAGAAAAAUAAUCAUUUCCUUCAUAUUUCACUAAAACAAGAACAUGAUAGCAUAUGGACCCAUGCUUGUAAACCAUGCUUGUGGUUAAAUUAAUUUUUUUAAUAUUAAAAAAACUUCGAGUUUUAGCACACAUGAAAAACUUUAAAUCAGGGGUCAGCAAACUUUUUCAGGAGGGGGCCAGUCCACUCUCCCUCAGACCUUGUUGGGGGCCGGACCCACCGCCUCCCAAAAGCACCCCCCUCCGGAAUAACCCCCCCUUAUGCCACUCACGCCACAGCCACUGGCGCUGCCCCAUCUUCGGCAGCGUCGGCAUCCCCUGUCUUGGCGGAGUACAGAGGCCAUGCCGCUGGCCUGGUGGCGGAGGCAGCCUCCACGCUGCUGCCGCUUCCUUCCCACUCGACCGCUUCCUCCUGCUCAAGGGGCGUCGCGGAAGUCAGUUUCCGCGUGGUGAGGCCUCUGCACCGCGCCUGUUUAGCGCGGGGACUGACCAGGUGGGCGGUAGGGUCCUGCAAGGUUCGUGGGCCGGAUUAAUGAGCCCAGUGGGCCAUAUCCAGCCCGCGGGCCUUAGUUUGACAACCUCUGCUUUAAACGAAUCCUUCUUUCCUGAUGAACAGCCUUUGGACUAGAAUGUCACUUAAAUAGAAAACUAUCUUUAGAAAGACUUUUCCUCCAAAAGCGUUUUAUUUUCAAAAUCCGAUUUACCGAAAUUUUCUGGGUAUAAGAUGCCCCCAUGUCUAAGACCCCAUGGGGGACUCCAAAUUAAGAAAACACCCCUCAGCACUACCCAUGUAUAAGAUGAGCCCCAAUUUUAAACCUAUUUUGGGGGUAAAAACCCCCCAAAAGACACUGAAAAAUACGGUAAAUUUAAAAAAAAUCCAAUUUUAAAUUUAAAAAUCUGGUGUUUUUUGUGUGUUGUUUUUUAAAUAUAGUUGAUUUUUAUCCACCCUGGUGUUAUUACUAUACAAGUUCUGUGGGCAGUUAUUAUUAACGGCUCAUCUUUCCGUCUUUACAAAGUGGCAUGCCAGGUUCUUGAUUGAGUGUCGGUUUUCAGCCCAACCAAAGAAAGGUAACAUCUGAAAGGUCUGUGCCUUCUUCCUUCUCUCCUGCAGCUGAUCUCUUCCUCUACAAUUCGUAUCCCCAGCAGCCGACUCCAUCAGAUCAGAAGGGUAAGCAACAUUUCACUUUUAUGGGCACUGUCAUUAAAGUACAAACAUAUAUAAAAGUUCUUUGGAAUUGGUCUCUCAAUAAUAUCUCGGUUCUUUGAAGAAAACAGUUGUCUUGUGUCCUCCACUCCCAAAACCAAGCUCUAUUUUUUUGCCUUCCUAAAAGGAAAAAAACUCUGGGUUUCUUAGCUAAAUUUUUCUAGCUUCCACAUAUGGUUGUUAGAAUUGGGGUCUCCAUGACCCUAUUCCACCUCUCCCUAAUUUUCAGAAGCGCAGAUUUUUCCGUGUAUAAGACUAGGGUUUCCCCUGAAAAGAUAAUGUUCAGAAUUUGGGGGGCGUCUUAUACUUGGGGGCGUCUUAUAGAUGGAAAAAUACGGCAGUUAAAUGCAACUUAAGAGCAAGUUCUUGUUUGCAGGUCUGGGGUCCCACAGUGUGCAUUUAACCCAGGCAUAGGCAAACUCUGCCCUCCGGAUGUUUUGGGACUACAAUUCCCAUCUGUAACAACCUUUCAUGUGGAUGGUUUGGACUUUAUGAACAGACAGGUGGAAUAGACACCGUUACACGUACGGGCUGGAUUGAGAAGGCCAAUGGGCCGGAUUUGGCCAGCGGGCCUUAGUUUGCCUACCAAUGAUAUAGGAUAUAUUAGAUUCUGCUGAUAUAGGACAGGCCUAGGCCAACUCGGCCCUUCAGAUGUUUUGGGACUACAACGCCCAUCCUCCCUGACUGCUGGUCCUGUUAGCUAGGGAUGAUGGGAGUUGUAGUCCCGAAACAGCUGGAGGGCUGAGUUUGGAUGUGCCUGAUUUAACCUUUGGCCAUUGCUAAUUGGAAUCCUCCUACCCUACUUGCAUUCUAGAAGCUGAGCUAUAUCAUCAUCAUCAUCAUACUCUUUUUUAGAACCCAGUAUAAUGGUCUCUAUAUAAUCUUGGACUGGAGCUUUUGUUGGGAGUGUUGUUGCUGUUAAUAUUUUGUACUGUAUCUUUAUUUGGAAUCUUACAUUUUACAUGGAAAUUGUUCUAUUUGGUUGUGUACUAUUGGAUGUUUUCUUUAUUGUAUGUGACUACUUUUCUUUGUAGUUACGUAUUUUUUAUAGUAUGUUGUAAGCCUUGAGCAUGACUUUAACUUUGGAAACUCAAUAAGCACAUGAGAUGUAACCGGCUGUGUUCUUAGAUAAAUAAGGUAUACUAUUCAUAGAAUCAAAUUGUAAAUUUCAACAGAAGUAACUCAUAAAAUUCAACAAACGAACAAAGCAGAAGACCCAGUGGAUCAGAUCAUUCUAUAGUCAGUUCAUGCAUAAGGUCCAUUCGUGUAAUGAUAUUGUAUAUAUUUGCAUUACUUAGAGCUUUAACUACUGAUGAAGCCCAGGACGGCGAAACAAGGCCAAUAUUCCGGAAAUCCUUGUCUUAGACUCUGUGAAAGGAUUUUAUGGAACUGUAACAACCUUUCAUGUGGAUGGUUUGGACUUUAUGAACAGACAGGUGGAAUAGACACCAUUACACGUACAAAACCCACACAUAUGUACAUUAGUGACAGAGGUGACCUCUGCUCUUUUUAAGCAGCAUUUGAACACAGUUUGGCAUGGAGUCUACUAGUUUCGAACAGUCCCUGUAGAUCAGGGGUCAGCAAACUUUUUCAGCACGGGGCUGGUCCACUGUCACUCACACCUUGUGGGGGGCCAGACUAUAUUUUGAAGAAAUAAAAAUGAACGAAUUCCUAUGCCCCACAAAUAUCCCAGAGAUGCAUUUUAAAUAAAUGGACACAUUCUACUCAUGUCAAAACACCAGGCAGGCCCAACAUAUAACCCAGAGAUGCAUUUUAAAUAAAUGGACACAUUCUACUCAUGUCAAAACACCAGGCAGGCCCCACAAAUAACCCAGAGAUGCACUUUAAAUAAAUGGACACAUUCUUUUUUUUUUUUAAAUCAUAUUUAUUAAAGUUUCCAAAAAUAUAAAAAUACAAAGAAAAAAGACAAAAGAAAAAAGAUAUUUAAAAACCUUACUUUCAUUCCCUACUUUCUGGGACUCCCCCCCCCCCAAUUGUAUUCCCCUUUCCUUAAUUUGGUUCUACAAGCUCUCACUCCCAAUUUAAAGCUUAAUUUGUUUAACCCACUAUCCAGAUUGAAUUGUACAAAUCUUACCACCGUCCCACAUCAUUAACAGAAAAAGAAAAAGAUUUUCCCCAAGAUCCACCCCAGUUCCUUCCACAAAUUCCCUUUUUUAAACACGUCCGAUCAUAGUAAAAUAACAUGCGUAAGUUAUGUAAAGAAAUAGAAAAUAAGAGAUAUAGAAAAAUUCAAAAAUAGUUACACAGCCUUUGGAUUUCAAAUCUCCCCCCCCCCCUUCCCCGGUUCGAAUUCCCCAUGUCCAUCAGUCUAUACGUUAUCAGCUUGGAAGUCUCAUUUCAUGACCAGGUUUCUCCCCGAUUCCAUCUUGCCGGUUUUCUUUUAGUUUAUUAAUUUAAAUAAUAUUUGACUUCAAAUGUCCAAUCUAACAAAGGCCUUUAAUUUCCUUGAUCUUUACCACUCCUCCCGUUGUUCUUUCCGUGUCGUAAUCAGUCCUUUAUUCUUCUUAUUCCUCACUUUCUCAGGUUUCUUGUCCUGUUCAGCUGCUAAAACUUUCUAAUUCAGAAAUCUAGUGUCUCUGCAGAGGUUUGUUAUUCAGGAACAAAAACUUACGUCCAGUCCCUUUCUUUCUUCAAUAAAAGAUUCCAUUGUCUUCCUCUGUAGACAAAAUAUUCUUUCAGUUUUGCAGCUUUCCCAGAAGAUAACAAAUCCUGUGCGAAUCCCAGGGUAUUUUUCCACUUACGACCGUUCUUGUAGUAUCCCGAAACCCCUCUAGGGGUUUGUAAUAACUUUGUAUCCUCUAAUCCAAAAGUCAAAUUGUUGCUUAUUUUCCAACAGUUUAUAUCCAUAUUAUAGCAAAUUGUAACAAAAUUAACCAGCAAGGUCCUCGUAAAGUCCUCUUUAUAUUCUCCAGCUUUGACAGCCACUUUGACAGCUGUCAAAGUCUCCGUCUCUCUUCACCAAGCUCCACGAAUCGCCCCGGUUCCCAGGGGGGGGGUUGCAUUUUUCUUCUCACCCUCCACUCUUCUCCUCCAGCACAUUUCUUAUAAUUUCCCAUCGUGAAAUUAAUGAUUUUUAUCAAAGACAUACUUCCCUUUGGACCUUGGUUACCCAGUCCUUGUUUUGGAAUGUUUACAAUAGGGGGAUUGACUUCCUUUUAAAUCGCCCCGCUCGUGCCAAAUCCAAAAUUUUGAACCCGGUUUCCCAAUUACUCACGGGUUGUUGUUAAUAGUCCAAAUUUUCAAUAGAAGAAGUCAGCGCUCUCCGCCGAAUGGCAUGCGGCUGCGCUCGGCAGGGAAAGCAGUGGACUCAAGCACCACGCCACUCCCGGCACCCGAUCCGAAGCCUUUAAAAGGCUCCUUCACGAGUCGGGAGGGCGCUAAUGGUGCAAGCCGAGUCACCCAUGUCCACGGACUCCGUGCCCGUGGUUUUUAAGGGUCCCCGCGUCGCCGGCGCGGUAGGACCCAGCCCCUGCCGAGCAGACUCCCUCCCGAGCUCGGAGGGAGUCCGCCAUUCGGCGAUGGCGCUAACCCGGAAGUCCCAUAAAUGGACACAUUCUACUCAUGUCAAAAUAUGCUGAUUCCAGGACCAUCUCCGGGCUGGAUUGAGAAGGCCAAUGGGCCGGAUUUGGCCAGCGGGCCUUAGUUUGCCUACCCAUGAUAUAGGAUAUAUUAGAUUCUGCUGAUAUAGGACAGGCCUAGGCCAACUCGGCCCUUCAGAUGUUUUGGGACUACAACGCCCAUCCUCCCUGACCACUGGUCCUGUUAGCUAGGGAUGAUGGGAGUUGUAGUCCCAAAACAGCUGGAGGGCUGAGUUGGCCGGUGCCUGAUAUAGGAUAUGUGGUUGAUAUAGGAAAUGAUAAUUUUGCGGAGCAGGAAGUCAUUGAGAACUAAGCUGUGAAUUCUUGUACUCCAGGAGGAAGGAGUGGAUUUGAUGAACAGAGAAGCAGCGCAUGAAAGGUAGGCGCAACUGAACUGCUGUUUUUUUAAAAAGCAGAUACUGUGUUCUCUUGUCGCCACUGAUGAGCCUUUUUGUGUUUUAGGGAAGUCCAAACAGCAAUGCAGAUAAGCCAAUCAUGGGAAGAAAGCUUGAGCCUGGUAAUCCUUUUACAGAUGUUUAAUAUUUUAAUUCCACUCCCUGACUUAACCAGUGAGCUCAGAGUGGGGGAUGGAGUGAUUGGCCGUUCUCUUUUUCAUCGGGAUCUUUAUGGCGCAGCCUCUAGGGCCGCUGCGUCCCGUGAGGCUGUCAACAUGACCCUUUUGUGUUCUCAGAGUGACAAUGACUUGGACAAAUCGGAAAAAUCCUCGUCUCCAAAGAGGAUAGACUUCAUUCCCGUCUCUCCGGCACCUUCGCCUACGAGGGGGAUUGGAAAGGUAUGCCAGAGAGCUUCCUCGGUUUGGGAGUUGCAAGGGAAGCGGCAGUGUGGGAAGACUACAGGAACUAAAUGAUAUACAGUAGUACCUUGGGUUACAAACACUUCGGGUUACAGACUCCGCUAACCCAGAAAUAGUACCUCGCGUUAAGAACUUUGCUUCAGGAUGAGAACAGAAAUCAUGCGGCACCAGCGAGAGGUCCCAUUAGCUAAAGUGGUGCUUCAGGUUAAGAACGGACCUCCAGAACGAAUUAAGUUCUUAACCAGAGGUACCACUUUAUAGCGGGGCCUCAGAUCUUUUGGACCGAUAAGCUCAUUAAUAAUCUUCAGAGAGGGCUGUGGGUACCAAGCCUUCUUGUUGCUUCUGUCCAGAAAUGGAGAGAUAAAUAUCCUUUACUUUCCCAGUAGUCAAGUUAAAAACAAAAACACCAUCGCAUUAAAGCUUGCCUUGGUAAAAACCGUAGAUUCCCUGCUCACUAACACCACAAAACCUUUGAUCCAAAGCAUGCAACCGAAUGCUGAAUGCUCAGAUGCUACAUGGGCAGCUGAAUUAAGAUUUCCAGUGGUUUGGAGCCGGAUUUAAUGUCAAAGUAAUUUGUGCCGGAAGGAGUACCAUGUAGCGUCAUUUCAGCUUCCUUCACUAGCAGGGGUGGAAUAGUGAAAUCCUGAGCACUAAUUUUGAGAACCUGCUAGAGUAUCACAGUGGUUUCUGAUGACAGCACUUUUUAAGUGAGAAAAAAGCAUCCGAUGUUUGCAAUAUGUUUAUAAAACUUUUUUUAAUAUCAUAAUUUUUAUUAAUUUUUUGCAAACGUUUUAAACAUAACAUGCAAUUUAUAUAUAAUAUAGAAAGCAUUUGGCUACAACAGCCUGAGACUUCCCUCCUCCUUGACUCAUUGUUUCCCCACUUAUUAUCUAAUACUGCAUUUUGGAAUUGUAAUUAUUACCGUGUUUUUCCGUGUAUAAGACUAGGUUUUCCCCCUAAAAAAAUAAUUUGGGGCGUCUUAUACACGUAUACGUCUCGCCGCCAUUUUCUUAAAUCGGAGUCCUCAAAAAUAGGGGGUGUCCUAUUCAUGGGGGUGUCUUAUAGGCAGAAAAAUAUGGCACUAUUAAAUCUUAAUCGUAAAUCAACCAUUUUUAAAUUACCGUAUUUUUCUGUCUAUAAGAUGCCCCCUAUUUUUAGGAACCCUGAUUUAUGAAAGGGGGGGGAGAUGGCCUGUGUGUAUAAGAUGCCCCUCAGUUUUGGACAUUAUUUUUCAGGGGGAAACCCUAGUCUUAUAGACAAAAAAAUACAGUGGUACCUCUGGAUGCGAACGGGAUCCGUUCCAGAGCCCCCUUUGCAUCGUGAGCAGAACACAACCCGCAUCUGCAAGUGUGCGGGUUGCGAUUUGCCACAUUAGCGCAUGCGUGUGACGUCAUUCUGAGCAUAUGUGCAAGCGGCGAAACCCAGAAGUAACCUGUUCCGUUACUUCCGGGUUGCCGCGGAACGCAGCCUGAAAAGAUUUAACCCGAAGCGUCUUUAACCUGAGGUAUGACUGUAGUAAGAAAUCCUAAUCGUAAAUCAACCAUUUUUAAAUUAUACUUUGAAAUAAUGGAUAAAGUCCACCUUGUAAAACUUCUUGCAACCCUGCUAGCGAAGUUAGUUUUUUACAAUUGUCUUUCAAGUAUUCUGUAAGUUUAUUCUAAUAUUUCAGGAAAGUCUGGUCUUGCUGGUACCGAGUUUUCCCUGCAAGUUUUGCCAGCUCACCAUAGUCCAUUAAUUUCAUCAGCCCCUCUUCUUUCAUUGGCAUCUCAUGUGCUUCCAUCUCUGGGCUAAUAAUAUUCUUGCUGCAGUUUUUGCAGAUAAAAAGUCUUUUAUAUUGCUUAUGUAUUUCAUUACCCACAAUUCCUAGUAAGAAGGCUUCCGGGUUUUGUUUUGUUUUUUUUAAAAUAAAUGUAUGUUUCAACAUUUUUUUAAACCACAUACGGUUAAAAAGUAGCUUCCUUUUCUUUACGUUUCCAACGACGAUUCAUUGUUUUAUACGUUUUUAGCUAAUUUCACUGGUGUUUAUAUGUUGAUAAGACUUCUUUAAAACAUCGUUUCAGGUGCUUUUCAAUGCUGUGCUUGUCUUUCCUAGCAAUGCUUUUCUCCCUCCCUGCAAAUGUUUGUGAGUAGUAAUGGACUGCCUCCAAGCCCAAUUCCCAGCCCCACAAGGAGAUUUUCAAAGUAAGUCACUGUAUCUGUGGAAGUGUUUCUUAAUAAUCAGUUUGACUUCUGUACUGUUAAUUUAUUCUGUACAUGAACUAUGCUUGUGAAUGGAAUAUAUCAGGGUGCAUAAAAACAUUGAUUUUUUAAAAAUAUUUUUUUUAAAAAAAUCGGGAUUCUUUUUUUAUUUAAAUCAGAUUUUUUUUAAUUUUAAUCAGAUUUUUAAAAUAAAAUGCUUUUGGAGGAAAAAUCUUUCAAAAGAUAGUUUUCUAUUUAAGUGACAUUCGAGUCCAAAGGCUAUUCAUCUGGAAAUCAGGAUUUGUUUAAAGUUUUCCUUUUUAGAAAAUAAUAAAUUUUCAGAGUAGUUUUUACAGUUUUAUCAAAAAUUACUGAUUUGGUCCUACUCUUAGAAAUACAUUGAUUGACAGAUAAUUAUGAAAUUUGUUUCAUAAACAAAUUAUGACAAUUUAUUUUAAGUUUUCAUUUUUGGAAAAUAAUAAAUUCCCAGUUUUUACAGUUCUAUCCAAAAUGACUGAUUUGGUUCUACUAUUAAAAAUACAUUGAUUGACAGAUAAUUAUGAAAUUAUUGUGAGGUUUAAUAAGUUAACUGUUUCUAUAAGAAUAAUAACAAUCUUUAUUAUGUUAUGUGGUCCAACGACCCAUAAAAUGGAUUCAAAAUAAAAUAGAUUAAUACAGACAACCCCCCAGAGAAGGGAGACCGAAGCGUUAUUUGUUUAGUCAUGGGUAUGUUGAUCUUUGAUUUGUAUGACUACUGAAAGAAACUUUGCCACGGCCACUGUGAUAUCAUUGGACUUGUCGUCCAGAAGAUAUUUGAUAUAGUAGGCUUCAGAUUGACCCAGCCGAUUUGCCAAUAGUGGUUUAAUCUAUAGUUCCCUAGCUUGAUCAGCUGAUGCUGAUAAAACUGAUGUAUAGAACUGAUAAUUAUUUAUUAAAAAAAUAAAUCAUUAUCAGUUCUAUACAUCAGUUUUAUCAGCAUCAGCUAGCUACACUGGUUAGUGAGCUCUGAUCUACAAGUAUUAUAUUUACAUGUAUGGAUAUCCUAAAAAAAAUACUUGGUACGUAUUCCUUAUUUAUUGUUUAUUUGUUACUUAAUAUGCAGGGGACGUGGGUGGCGCUGUGGGUAAAACCUCAGUGCCUAGGACUUGCCGAUCAUCAGGUCGGCGGUUCGAAUCCCCGCGGCGGGGUGCGCUCCCCUUGCUCGGUCCCAGCGCCUGCCAACCUAGCAGUUCGAAAGCACCCCUGGGUGCAAGUAGAUAAAUAGGGACCGCUUACUAGCGGGAAGGUAAGCGGCGUUUCCGUGUGCUGCGCUGGCUCGCCAGAUGCAGCUUGUCACGCUGGCCAUGUGACCCGGAAGUGUCUGCGGACAGCGCUGGCCCCCAGCCUCUAGGGCACACAACCCUAGAGUCGGACACGACUGGCCCCUACGGGCAGGGGUACCUUUACCUUUUAUGCAGGUUGCUUCAGCACUGUUUAAAAUGUCAACUCAUUACGUUGACUACUCUUUGGUGAUGGACCAAUAUAUCUAUAUAUCAAAUCUGGCAGCACAACGCAAUUUGAAACUAUAAAGUCACAGGCUGGUUACUUAAAGCCUAUUUUUUAAAUAAAUUUCUUUCUUGUGGAAAUUUCUCAGUUAUCAUUUAAACACGUUGUGUGUUGCAUUCCUCAUCUAUGCAGAUAUAAAUUGGCAUUUCAGACGUUACAUAACUUGUCAUUAUUUGUGUUUUAUUUUCUGCAGAUGAUAGCAUUUAUUUUCAACUUUAUAUUGAUGUUAUUAGUGUUGCCCAGAAAAUACUGCACCGUGUAGAUUUGCUUAUUAAAGAGCAGACUCAUUUAACAGAGGUUCAUUUGAUAACCCGCUUGGGCACAGAGUCCAUCUUCAGUGAAAUUCCUCCGGGGGUUAAAAAUAUUAUGGGGUUUUCUUUUCGGGAUGAAAUCUUGUGAAAGGCUACUCUUUGUAAGGAUUGGGGGGGGAGGGUUUCCUAUACAGCAUUAUAAUCAGGGUGGACUUGAUUUAAAUCAAACCGAUUUAACUCAUGAUUUAAAUUCCUUGAUUUGAACCACUAGUCAGGAAGGCUUGAUUUAAAUCUUUCUUUCUUUCUUUUUUUACAGAAAGGUUCAACCUUGCAGGCAACCUCUAAAUAUGGACAAGCAGAGGAAGGUUUCCUUUUGGGAAUAAUAAAAUCCCUUUUUUUACAGAAAGGGUUAACCUUGCUGGCAUCCUCUUCAUAUUGACAAACAGAGGAAGGUUUCCUUUUUGGAAUCAUAAAUCUUCAGAGGACUUUUUACAGUUAUAUCAAAAAUGACUGAUUUAGUUACACCAUUAGAAACAAUUAUGAAAUUAUGGUGAGGUUUAAUAAGUUAACUCUUUCUAUUUGGACAACUUUUCUGCAGUACUUUAUUGGAAGGAGAAAAAUAAUCAUUUCCUUCAUAACAAUUUAAACCAUUUAUUUCACUAAAGGAAUAACAUUAUAGCACAUGUAUCCAUGUUUGUUAACUGAUGUGGUUAAUUAAUUUUUUUUAAACACACCUUAGACCAGCGAGGGCAAAGUUGGGCCACGCCUGAUCUAGAACAGUGGUGGCUCAACUUGGCCCUCCAGCUGCCUUGGGACUACAAUUCCCAUCAUCCCUGACCACUGGUCCUGUGAGCUAGGGAUGAUGGGAGUUGUAGUUCCCAAACAGCUGGCGGGCCAAAUUUGGCCAUGCCUGCCUUAGACUGAGUUUUAGCACUUAAAAAAAAUCCUUGUUUCCUUGAUGAAUAGCCUUUAUGCUAUAAUGUAACCGAAAUAGAAAACUAUCUUUAGAAAGAUUUUUCCUUCAAAAGCAUUUUAUUUUAAAAAUCCGAUUUAAAUAAAUAAAAAUCAUUGAUUUCUAUCCACCCUGAUUAUAAUCUUGAAAACACAAUAUAGUAGCUUUAAAGUCAUUCACCUUGUCACCUCGGAAGUUUCCCCGUUCCUGGAGAGACCAUAAUCCGGCUUUGAUUUUAGCAGGAGGAGCCAGAGUCCAAUCAACUGCAUCCGGCCCAGCGCUCUUGGUCCCAUCAAAAGGAAAGGUAAGUGCAGAGGUGGAGGAAGGGGGGGCAGUGGAGGCAGGGCACCCCGGGUGUCACCACUGACGGGGUGGUGACAAAUUGCUGGGCGGCCCUUGUUGUGGGGUCUGCGGCCCGCCCAAGCCGCACAUCUCUCCUGCUCUAGAUCAGGCAUGGCCCAACUUGGCCCUCCAGUUGUUUUGGGACUGCAACUCCCAUCAUCCCUAGCUCACAGGACCAGUGGUCAGUCCCAAGACAGCUGGAGGGCCAAGUUGGCCAAGGCCUGCUCUUUUCUCUGCCAAGCUUGUGACUUCCCUCCAUCCCUUCAGCUGGUUUUUUUUCUUUUCAGAUCUUUGUAUUGCCCUUUAAAUUAGCAUUUUCUGACCCUAAUAUCCUUGUAGCCAACUCUUAUCUCUUUGGCCAGAUUUUUUGCAGUACAUUUUUAGAAUAAUUGUUCAUAUACCAAAUAAAUUUACUCCAGUCUCUUCAAAAUUUUUGGUUGUCUUGGUUCCGGAUUCUACCAGUCAGCGUGGCCAAUUCUGCAUAGUCCAGGCAUGGCCAAACUCAGCCCUCCAGCUGUUUUGGGGACUACAACUCCCAUUGUCCCUAGCUAACAGGCCCAGUGGUCAGGGAUUAUGGGAAUUGUAGUCCCAAAACAUCUGGAGGGCAGAGUUUGCCUAUGCCUGGACUACAACUCCCAUCAUCCCUAGCUCUUAGGACUUGUGGUCAGGGAUGAUGGGAGUUGCAGUCCCCAAGCAGCUGGAGGGUUGAGUUUGGCCCCCUCUGGCUUAGUCCACCAUCUUCAUUCUGCCACUCCUCAAUCGUUGGUAACUCUGGCAGUUUCCACCUCUUAGCUAAUAAACCAUCUGAAACAAAUCUGCUUGAUUUCAAUAGGUGAAAUGGAAACCGAAAGCCAGCCCAAGAGACUUUUCCAAGGAACCACCAACAUGCUUUGUCCUGACGCGACACACCUUUCUGACCUCAGCUCAUGGUAAAAUUAAUCUUAAUAAUACAUAUACUACUCAUCAAUGCCCAGAAAUGGUUCGCUGUAUCUUUUGAUGCUCUAGCAUUCCAAAAUAGUUCCUACCCAGGGUGGAUAAAAACCAAUUAUUUUUUUAUUAAAAAGUUUUUUUUUAAUUUGAUUUUUUAAAAAUUUAAAUCAGAUUUUUAAAAUUUAAUUUGGAAUUUUAAAAUAAAAUGCUUUGGGGGGGUGGGAAUCUUUCUAAAGAUAGUUUUCUGUUCAAGUGACAUAUGUCCAUGGAUCAGGGUGGCUAAAAAUCAAGGAUUUUUUUAAAAAUAAUCGUAUUCUUGAAAAAAUUAAAUCAGAUUUUUUUUUCUUCAAUUAGUUUUUUUUGAUUUAAAUCAGAUUUUUAAAACAAAAUGCUUUUGGAGGAAAAAUCUUUCUAAAGAUUUUUUAUUUAAGUGGCUUUCUAGUCCACGCAUAGGCAAACUCUGGCCUUCAGGAUGGUUUGGGAUUACAACUCCCAUCAUCCCUGACCACUAGUCCUGUUAGCUAGGGAUGAUGGGAGUUGUAGUCCCAAAACAACUGGAGGGCCGAGUUUGCCUAUGCCUAUUCUAGUCCAAAGGCUAUUCAUCAGGAAAUAAGGAUGUGGUUAAAGUUUUUCAUGUGUGCUAAAAAAUCACUCAUUUUUUAUAUAACUGUAAAAAACUAUUCUGAAAAUUUAUGAUUUCAGAAAGGAAACCUUCCUCUGCUUGUCAGUAUUAAGAGGAUGGCAGCAAGGUUGAACCUUUCUAUUAAAAAAAAAUGACUUGAAUCAAGCCUUACUGAUGAGUGAUUAAAAUAAAGUCUGACUGAUGAGGGAUUUAUAUCUAUUUGAUUUGUAUCAAAUCCACCCUGCCACAAACACUCCCCCAGCCCGUAAACUGUAAAAGCUUCUCUGUAAAUUGAUGAUUCCAAAAAGGAAACCUUCCUCCAAUGGUCCAUAUUAAGAGAAUGCCAGCAUGACUGAACCUUUCUGUAAAUAAAAAGGAUUUUAAAUCAAGCCUUACUGACGAGUGAUUUGAAUUGUGAUUUCAACCGACUUGAUAGCAAUAAAUGAUAGUACCCAGUCCACCCGGGUGGGUACUGACCUGAAGAAGUGUGCAGAUACAUACCGUAUUUUUUGCUUCAUAAGACACUUUUUUCCUCCUAAAAAGUAAGGGGAAAUGUCUGUGCGCCUUAUGGAGCGAAUACGUGGUCCCUGGAGCUGAAUUGCCCAGGGUCAAAAAGCAGAUCAUGCUCCUUUUUUUGAAAGAGGGAAGUGGGUGUUGAAAGGAAGCAGCUGAUUGGUAAGCGAUCGGGGAAAGAGAUAAGGGACGCGAUAAAGGAGGCUGCCUGGGAGGGGGGAUCCUCAGGAUUUUUACAUUGGGUCACCUCAAAUUCACCAUCAGAUCACGUAACAUGUCCAUGGCUAUAACCUGCACCAAAAAAAUCACGCAUCCACUUUUUUGUGGGGCCGCAAUGGUGCAAAAACCUGAUUACAAAGCACAGAUCCACAUGAAUCCUCAGGAUUUUUGCAAUGAGCUACCCCAAACUCACCGUCAAAUCCCGUCUGUGGCCAUUGCAUGAACCACAAAACUCAUACAUCCACUGUUUCGUUCAGAAUUUUUUUUUUCUUGUUUUCCUCCUCUAAAAACUAGGUGUGACUUAUGGUCAGGUGCGUCUUAUGGAGCAAAAAAUACGGUAACUUGGCCCUCCAGCUGUUUUGGGACUACAACACCCAUAAUCCCCAGCUCACAGGACCAGUGGUCAGGGAUGAUGGGAAUUGUCCCAAACCAGCUGGAGGGCCAAGUUUGGUCACCGCUGCAUGGCCCAACUUGGCCCUCCAGCUGUUUUGGGACUACAACCCACAUCAUCCCCACUUCACAGGAGCACUGGUGAGGGAUGAUGGGAAUUGUAGUCCCAAACAUAGGAGUUUGCCUAUGCCUGCUCUAAGAUGCUACUGGACCAUUUUUUAUUUUGUGCCCUGACUGAAGCUUGCGGUUUCCCCUCGUGUCCGCAGCCUGCCCUCAGAUGCCCUCGACAGUUGCUCCAGCGGCGCCAGCCCCUCCACUGACUCACUGGCCAAAGGCGACGCCUCUGGUGCCGCAGCGGAAUCGCCUGCCGCGCGAUCCGAACCUGCUUCCCCAUUCAUCUUGAUGGAAGACCUUUCCCCCAAGUGACUCGCCCUGCCGCCUGCCUGGAUGUCCGCCUGUGCCAUCCUUUUGCUAUACCCGCCUACGGAGAAACCGGCGGCAUAAAAUCCCCAAGGGCAUCCGGAUUAGGAGUGCCGAGUGCGAAACACCCAUGUCAACCCUCCUCGGCAACGUCUCCAGGCGAUUUUAAUCCUCCUUUUAAUGGACGCGUCAGGCCCUGGCGCUGCCUGGUCUGCCGGUUUCCCUUUUAAUUCUUUUGCCAACGUCUGCUCGGUUUUCCUUUUAACUACAAAUUAUUUUGCGAAUGUAUCCUUGGAUCGGGACUUUCCUUUCAAAGAAAUGACACCCACAUUUCCUCCGAAUUCCCGGAAAAGCAUCCAAUUUAUAUUCGCAUUAAAAUUGUCGGUGGGAAACCAGUCGCCGUCGCGAUCCCUUGUUCCGAAGGUAAGAAUGGAACUGAAAUAAAUGAGUUUAUUCUAGGUCAGGCCUAGUCAAACUUGGCCUUCCAGCUGUUUGGGGAAUACAAUUCCCAUCAUCGCUGACCACUGGUCCUGUUACCUAGGGAGGAUGGGUAUUGUAUUCCCCAAACAGCUGGAGGGCCAAGUUGGUGGCCCAACUUGGCCCCAUCCGCUAUUUUGGGACCACAGUUCCCAUCACCCUGACCACUGGUCCCGUUAGCUAGGGAUGAUGGGUGUUGUAGGCCAAAACAUCUGGAGGGCCAGAGUUUGCCUGUUUCUUGAGAUGAAUGCUGGUGGAAACUGAGAAGUACACUUAAGUAUGGGAAAUGUCAUUUGGUUUGGGGUGCAAGAAAUGAUCUAUUCCAGGCUUCCUCAACCUCAGCCCUCUAGAUGUUUUGAGACUACAAAUCCCAUCUUCCCUGACCACUGGUCCUGCUAGCUAGGGAUCAUGGGAGUUGUAGGCCAAAAACAUCUGGAGGGCCGAGGUUGAGGAAGUCUGAUUUAUUCCUCACAAGAUCCAAUUGGGCUUAAUUUCCAAAAAAAGGAAAAAAAAGAUGCAACCCAUUUGUAAUCUACUGUGUCACGCUAUUUAUUAUUUAUAAUUCUGUAAAAUAAUAACAAAAGUCUGGUGAUUUAUUAGAGUAUUUUUUUAUGAUUGAAGCCCUUUCCCCAUGUCCUGCGAGCACUGGCUGGUCUGUAUUGAUAGGCAACUUUGUCCGCCGGAUUUGUGCGAUUUUGGUUCCAAAUGUUUCUUGUCUUCCGGAUUUGGAAAACUUUGAUUUCCUUCCUUCCUUCCAAGAAAUAGUGCGGAAUUCGAAGCGUGAUUGUGCUUGUCUGGCUCGGAAAAAGGGCGAAAAAAAGGACAUUUGGCUUUCCCCUUCCUGGAAUUUUCCUUUGGAAAGCGUUGGUUUGGAAUCGGAGUUGGGCCUCUUGUUACCUGUAUUCCGGUUUUUGCCUGGGAGAGAGAGAGUUUCCUUGCCUCCAAUAAAUGUGCAUAUUGUAAAAUGUCACCCAGGGGUAUCUUUAUUUUUUUAAAUGACUAUUUUAUCCACAUGCACACAAAAACUUCGACCUAGAACAAACUUAGUUGGUCUUUAAGGGGCUACUGGACCGAUUUUUUAUAUAUAUAUUUCAAUUUUAUCCGCGUGCGAAUUGUAUUUGUGUAGAUAAACUGUGCUGUUUUGGCUGGCCUCCCAGCUGCUGCUAAAUAAUAAAGAAAUCUGAUUUAAAUCCAACAAAUUCAAUCUUUUAUUAUCAUCAUCAUUAUUUUUUAAAAAUAAUAAUUUUAUUUUAUAAUAAUUAUGAUUAUAAAAUUAGUAAUAUAUUAUUAAUUUAAUAUUAAUGUUAUUAAUAUAAUUUAUAAUAAUAAUUUUAUUUUAGAAUUAUUAAGCUUUCCCUGACAUCUCCAGGGGGAAAGACACACGUGAAGCCCAUGAGAACAGCUGCCAGUCAGUGUUGACAACACCAAGCUAAACGAAGGGCUGACUCAUAUCAAGAGGGUUUCCUAUAGUCCCAGCAAUACAAGACCUAUUACACAGGAUGUUAUCUACAGCUUAGAAAAUUUAUAUUAUAUAACAGCAAUUUUCUAAUUAUUUCAUUUUAUUAAUAAUAAUUUUAAAAUACAAGUUAUCAAUCCGUGCACUUACUGGCUGCUGUUUGACCUGGUACUGGAACUUCAGAACCGUGGCAGUGAAGUUUUCAAACCUCAAUUCAGGAAAGGCUCGAUACCUUUGGAUAGAUCAGGCAUAGGCAAACUCCAGCCCUCCAGAUGUUUGGGACCACAAUUCCCAUCAUCCCUAGCUAACAGGACCAGUGGUCAGGGAUGAGGGGAAUUGUAGACCCAAACAUCUGGAGGGCUGGAGUUUGCCUAUGCCUGGGAUAGAUCAUUCUUGCUUAGCCUCGGUUCCUUGUUCUUUAAAAUGGGAACAUUUGAGGCUUAUGUGGGCAAUCCCAGGUAAGCUCAGAGCAUUUGAAAGCACUGCAUGACCACAUGACAGGGUGGAUAAAAAUCAGUGAUUUUUUUAAAAAAACAACCCCCAAAUCAGAUUUUUUUGGAUUUAAAUCAGAUUUUUAAAAUAAAAUGCUUCCGGAGAGAAAAUCUUUCUAAAGAUGGUUUCCAAUUUAAGUGACAUUCUAGUCUAAGGGCAGCUGUGUCCAGCAUUGCCAAAGGCUUCAAAAUAAUGUCCAUGGAUCAGAGUGGAUAAAAAUCAAUAUAUAUUUUUUUAAAAAAGAUUAUUAAUUUUUAGAGCUACUUUUUACAAUUUUACCCCAAAGUUGCUGAGCUUUUUUAAAGGAUGUUUUUAGUGUGUUUCCCCACACUUUGUAACUCUCCCCACUGGCACCCACGCUUGAGAAUACAGUAGUGAUAGAAUCAAUGAAUAGGUUUCCAUUGGCAAACCCUCUUCUCAAUUGGUAGACCAAGUUACAAGAUGUAGUUGUCAUGGGAAACGGAAGGAGCUAUCCCCUACUACAGGCAUGGCCCAACUUGGCCCUCCAGCUGUUACAGUUCUCAUCAACCCUGAUCACUGGUCCUGUUAACUAGGAAUGAUGGGCGUCGUAGUCCCAAAAGAGCUGGAGGGCCACGCCUGCGCCUGCUAUGCAUGACCUGCCCUGAAGUGCAGAUACAGCAGUACCUCAGCUCACCUAACCCUCUGGUUGCAUAAACUUCGGGAUAUGUAAGCGACAAACCUGGAAGUAUUUUACCGGGUUUUGCCGCAUGCACAGAAGCACUCUACUACGCCGCACACAUGCGCAGAACAGGCACCUCCUGUUGCAAAAACCUCGGGAUCCGGCCACUAUAAUGUAUUAGUUUUAAAAAAUAAAAAAAUCUGUGUCGCCAAUUUGGCAGUCAACAAUUCAUCUGGUGUAGUAUGGUUGCAAAAGCUUGUCCUCUUUUCUCCUUUUCUAAAAAGGGCGUCAGGGGUCAGCAACUUUUUCCAGCCGUGAGCUGGUCCACUGUCCCUCAGACCUUGUGGGGGGCUGGGGUGGGGAAUGAAUGAAUUCCUAUGCCCCACAAAUCACCCAGAGGUGCAUUUUCAAUAAAAGCACACAUUCUACUCAUGUCAAAACACGCUGAUUCCCGGACUGUCCACAGGCUGGAUCCUGAGGCAACUGGGCAGAGCCUUAGUUUGCCUACCCAUGCUCUGGGCAAACACCCCCCCCCCCCGUUUUCCUAAACCGGAGUCUCCAAAAAUAAACGGAAAAAUACGUCAGCUUCCACCAUCGGACAAGCGGCUUUCAAUUCCGCCAUCCAGGCGUUUUUAUCUGUAUUUAAAUUUGCAAUACUUACAGGCAAAUGAACACUGCAGAUAGAACUGCCGGCUCCUAUGGCGAUCAAACACUGAAGUUGACAUGAAUUUAAAAACAUGCAAUUUAAAAAGAAAGCACAAAUGAGAUUUUUGCACGGUAGACGUAGGUAGAAAAGCUUCUUUCGAUUCCUUUUCCUUCAACCAUUUCAUCAGUCAAAAAGCACCUCCGAGCGCGUGAGUCUUUCCGGUGAAAACGGAGUUAAAACUUUGCUUUCAAAAAAAAGAAAUAAAAAAAAAGAGAGCGAUGCAAAUCGCCAGAUGAUUUUUGCACCCAAAUGGAGGUCAGAGGCCCACGUUCAGGAUGCGGAUUUAAAAGGCAGUAAAAAAAUAGGAGGAAAAAGAUGGACAUCCAAUUGUGUUAUCGCUCAUGUUCUCAGGAUGACCAUAGUGAUGAGACCUGCAAGAAUCAGAAGAAAAAAGCCAGUUAUUUCGGCUUAACUUGAGAAAUAACCCACACCAAGAGUUUUGUUAGGUGGGGCGCAUGCGCAUGAAAGCUUGUUCACUGGGAGCACGUUUGUGAAUAUUUGUGAAACGUGGUUUACAUACACAACUUAUCUUACAUACACAACUCAUCUCUCUACAAAUGCCGAAAUGUCAGAGAGCUCAAAUUUACUUUCAGUUGCAAUCAGUUAAAUCACUAGUCAGUAAGACUUGAUUUAAAUCUUUCUUUUUUUCCCUUACAGAAAGGUUCGGCCUUGCUGGCAUCCUCCUAAUAUUGACAAGCAGAGGAAGGUUUCCUUUUUGGAAUCGUAAAUUUUCAGAGUCGUUUUUACAGUUCUAUCAAAAAUGACUGAUUUGGUUCUACUAUAAGAAAUACAUUGACAGAUAAGGAUGAAAUGAUGGUGAGGUUUAAUAAGUUGACUGUUUCCAUUUGGACAGCUUUUCUGCUGUACUUGAUUGGAAAGAGAAAAAGAAUUGUAGUCUCAAAACAUUUGGAGGACUGAGGUUGAGGAAGCCUGCUUUGGACUAUAAUGUAACCUAAACAGAAAACUAUAGAAAGAUUCUUCCUCCAAAAGCAUUUUCUUUCCAAAAUCCGAUUUAAAUAAAAAAAUCCUAUUUUAAAAAACUUGCUUUUAAAAAACAUUGAUCCACCCUGGUUGCAAUUUGCUGACAUGGCCCUCACGCAAUGACUCGAUUAUAGGGUUGUUUUUUACGUUUCUUUACACAUUUUCAUUUUUACACUCUGCUCCAAAUCCUAUUUCGAAAUGACGACAAAAAGAUGCGUACCUAAUACGUACCUAAUACGUACGCCGCUACUAACUUUUGAUUCACACUUAAGUGGAGGUAGAGAGGCACAAGGGAACCCCCUUCUCCCAGCGUGGGAAGCAUGAGAGCCGCAAUGCACACGAUUCCGAGGAACACGGUGAGCAAACUCGGCCCCGAUGAGGCAAUUCUGUUUUCUGGGAAAAGGAAAAGGCAUUUAACACUAUGGAAAGGGGCAAUUUCUUUCCUUUCCUUUCUCUCCCCCCCCCCCUUUAUUGAAUUUAGUAAAUAACAAAACAUUUUAAAAAAAUCUUUAUUAUAUUGCAAAGUAAAUACAUCAAAACAAAACCAUACAUAAAGAAUAAUAUCAAAUAAAACAGAAAGAAAAAAUAAAGAAAAAGAAAAAAUGCAAAGAAAAGUAGACAGAAAAGAAGAAUAAAGUAUCAUAUUUCAUUACAAUAAACACUGAUUUACAAAAUAAUAAUAGACUUCCAUCACUCUCACAGCACUUCCUUUCACCUUUCAUAUUUUAUCUGUAUUUCAGUAUCAUUUUCAUCUGAAUAUAUAAAUGUGUAUAUAUGUAUAUUUCCCCUUUUCCAUUCACCAGGUCAUUCUAGACACAGCCAAAUUUUUACAUUUGAACCUUGUCUUUCUAAGUAGUCAUUCAAGCAAUUCCAUUCCUCCUGGACUGUAUUCAUUGGCUUUAGUCUUAUUAUAUCCGUCCAUUUGGCCAGUUCCAAAUAUUUACAUAAUUUAUAUAGCCACUCCUCUUUGGUCAGUACCUGGUUACCCUUCCAGUACUUAGCCACUAGAAUUCUUGCCGCUGAUGUUGCAUACAGAAAAAAUUGAGUUUUUUCUUUUGGAAUAUCACUGUUCAAUAUUCCCAAAAGAUAUGUUUCUGGUCUUUUACUUUGUGAAGUUCUUAGUAACUUUUUUAUUUAUUCAUGGAUCAUGUCCCAGAACUUUCUGAUCUCUGAACAUGUCUACCACAUAUGGUAGAAGGUUCCAAUCUGCUUUGUGCAUCUCCCAACACUUAUUACUAAGCGAUCUGUUCAUUUUAGCCAAUCUCUCCAGUGCUAAAUACCACCUAUGGUGCAUUUUCAGGUAAUUUUCUCUUAUUAAAUAACAUGCUAUAAAAUUUAUAUUUUUUGCCCACAGUUUUUUGAAUGGUAUAACAUAGGCAUGUCCAACAGGUAAAUCUGAAAGCAUCUGAAGGCAGCCCUGUUUAGGGAAGUUUUUAAUAUUUAAUGCUGUAUUGUUUUUAACACUUGAUAGACUGGGGAAACUUAGCCAGAUGGGUGGGGUAUAAAUUAAUCAUCAUCAUCAUCACUGGCUCCCCCCAAAGAAAAAAGCUCAACAACUUAGACCUGAACCGGGGUAGAUCACUGCUAGUUUUUAACUUUGUGAGUAGAUCACAGUCUUGCCCACCCUAACAAAAAGUUCAAAUGAGAUCCACUUCAUUCCUAAACAUUUCAUUUCAUCAAACAUUCUUGCUUUUAUUGACAUUGGGCUUCCCAUCAAAUCCACCCAGCCAGAAUGGCUAGGACUUCAGAGAUUGGCAACCUUUUUCAGCAGGGGGCCAGUCCACUGUCCCUCAGACCUUGUGGGGGGCUGGACUAGUUGGGGGGGGGGAAAUGAACAAAUUUCUAUGCCCCACAAAUCACCCAGAGAUGCAUUUUCAAUAAAAGGACACAUUCUACUCAUGUCAAAACACGAUUCCCGGAUGGUCCGCCGACUGGAUUGAGAAAGCAAUUGGGCUGGAUCCGGCUCCCGGACCUUAGUUUGCCUACCCAUGGGCUAGGUUCGACCUCCAAUGGGGGAAAACAGUGUUCCUCUGAAUACCAAUUGCCAAAAACCACCAGCGGGGAGAGGGAUGCUCAGGUUCAGCUUUUGAGCUUCCCAUUAGGUGCAGGGGCCAGCAAAUUUUUUUUUUGCUGCAGGCUUGUCCACUGUCCCUCAGACUUUGGGGCGGGCCGGAGAACCAGCACCAGGGAGGGUGGGAGCUGGAAGAAGAGGCGAGGUGGGCAAGUAGUCCUCCUCCCCAUCCCCCACGCUUACCCUCCCAGGGGCUGCCGCCGCUUCUCAUGGGUAGGCAGGGCGGCGGGGGAAAGAUGAGUGGUGCGAAAGGGCUGGCUCCAAAGAGGGAUUCCUGAAAAUGGUGCUCAGCCAGCUCCCUUCCUCACCUAGGCAGGGGAGGGAGAAGCCAGGAGGUAAGACUUGAUUUAAAACACACACACACACACUACAGAAAAGUUCAUCCUCUUCAUAUUGACAAGCAGAGGAAGGUUUCCUUUUUUCCCAAAUCAUAAAAUCCUUUUUUUCCUUACAGAAAGGUUCAACCUUGCUGGCAUCCUCUUCAUAUUGACAAGCAGAGGAAGGUUAAGCUUGUAAGGUGACUUGAUGUUACACCGUAAUCAUACUAUCAAAGGAAGUAAUUGCAGUGAUAAAUAAUACGUAAUGGGAAUGAGAACUUAAAAGGACUCUCAAGGUGACAAGUGCUGAUGGAGGGGAGUCAAAUGGGUGGGCUCCUCCAUCUUUUCUAUUUUUCUCACCUUUUCCCUUUACUGUCUUUGGUUUUUGGGGGUGAAGUGUGUGUACCUGUUUGUUUGUUUGUAAAUAUUCUCAAAUAAAACAUUAAAAAGUCAAA